AUGUCUCCCCAUAUGAAAACGAUCGAUGUCGGCAACAGCUCCCAAGCAUACUAUGCAGCUGCGACAUCUUCCCAUGCCCAGGAAAUCAUCCACAUUGCGGGCCAACCAGGAACAAAUGGACAAGGCAUAGUGCCAGCCGACUAUGAAUCACAGAUUCAGUUGGCACUGCUCAAUCUGCGCAAAAUCCUCCUCGCAUCAGGAACGCAAGUCUCGGAUAUCCUGAAGUUGACUUUCUACAUUGUCAACUAUGAUCCCGCCAGGCGUCUGCAUACUAGGCAUAUCCAGAAGUUCUUGGAUGGUCAUCGACCGGCAAUGACGCUCGUCCCUGUCCCUGCACUGGCAGGAGAAGGAUGGCUGUUUGAGAUUGAAGCUGUGGUGGCCAAACACAAGCCUAUGCCGAUUGCGAGAGCACCUUCUACCAAGACCUCCACAGUGGAUGUAGUAGUGGUCGGAGCUGGACUUGCAGGUCUCACAGCUGCUGCGAAGCUCAUCGAGUCGGGCUUGUCUUGCGUAGUGCUCGAAGCCCGAGAACGCGUUGGAGGCCGUACGUGGAGCAAAACAAUUGGGCCGACAAAUGAUGGAACUGUCGACUUGGGAGCUGCGUGGAUCAACGAUACCAAUCAAAGCCAUAUGAUUUCUCUCGCAAGAAAAUUCAAUUUGGAAUUGGUAGAGCAGAAUACUACUGGAAAUGCCGUCUUACAAACUUCAGAAGGAGACCUGAAAUCUUUUGCCUAUGGCGAAUUGCCACCUUUCCUCGAUGCCAUCAAGGACAAUAUCGCAUUCAUCCGCGAUCAAACAGAGGCCGAUUGUCAAAGAUUGGAUCUUGCUUUCCCCCAAAAUACCGAGCUCGAUUCCAUGACGUUUGCAGCCUAUUUACGACGCAACGGAGCUUCAGAAGAUGCCAUGAAGACAGCCACCGUCUGGACACGAGCCAUGUUAGGACACGAUCCGGAAGAUAUCUCCGCCCUGUUUUUCUUAUCCUAUUGCAAAUCCGGCGGCGGGCUCCUUCAAAUGCGAUCUGAUCGCAAAGGCGGAGGUCAACAUCUUCGACUUCGGCACGGAACGCAGCAGUUUGCAGAAUGUCUAGCUCGAGAGCUUCCGCAGGGUGUUCUCCAAUUUUCGAGUGCAGUUUCCGACAUUCAGCAACUCGGACAUGAGAAUGUGGUGGUGCGUAGUAGUGGAUCGACAACAUUAUACCACACCCGCAAAGUCAUCUCAGCCAUCCCAUUACCAGUUUUGAAGAAAAUUACCCUGGAUCCACCACUCCCGCUAGCAAAACAAUUACUCAUCGAUUCUUUCCGCUACGGAUUCUAUCAAAAAGUUAUGGUAGUUUUCCAAACACCCUUUUGGCUAACCAAAGGCUCUUGUGGACUCAUCCAAUCCUUCCGCGGACCCGCCGGAGUCAUUCGCGACACGAGCGUUCCCAUCGACAAUAAACACGUUUUGACCUGUUUUGUCGCAGGCACGCCCGGUAAACAGUGGUCGCGGCAUAAUGAGUCGGAGAGACAGCGUCAGAUUCUAGAGCAGAUUGCAAACGUAUUUGACUACCCCAAUGCAAGAAAUGAGCUCGUUGAAAUUGUCACUUUACCGUGGUCGGAUGAGGAGUGGACGGGAUAUGGCUGUCCAUCGCCUGCUCUGCCGCCUGGGGUGUUGGAUGUCGCUGGUCAUGCGAUUCGCGAUUCUUUUCGUGAUUUGCAUUUCGUGGGCACGGAGACUAGUGAUGUGUGGAAAGGGUAUAUGGAAGGAGCGGUUCGAUCAGGUGAUAGAGGCGCUGUAGAAGUGAUACGCAGCUUGACGAGUGUAGUUGCGAAGCUGUAGAGGGAUUUUUGCGUCCUCUUGCUGCUGCUGCUAUAUACAACCCACACCAAAAACCUGUAUAGAUGAAAUCAGAAGCC